GAGUCUGACUGAGUUUCUCUCUCACGCUAACCUCCUUGUCUUGUUUCUUGCUGUGGUUUACAAUGGCCAUCAGAUGGUGCUACAGCUUCACAGUCAGCCUUUGUGAAGGCUUAGGGGAGAAAGGACACCUCCUGCAAUGGUGAGGCAGAUGGGGCAUCAGUAGGGUCUCAGAAGUGCUGUGGAAGAGCUGUUGCUUAAGGGUUCUUAUUGCUUUCCUUUGGUGGCGGGCAUUUUUCAGGUCUCCAGGAGAGGUGGGUAGGCUUACGUAGAGCCAGGCCGACUUUUUCUCUCUGCAAUGUGGUCUGGAUCCUUUCGGUAUAGAAUAAAUAGAUUUGACCAGGAGGCAACACAUAUAAGUUCUGUCCUUCCACUCCAUUUGGAGCCCUUUGGAUUGUGCUGUUAUCUCACCUGUCACACGCUAUGCUAAAAAAACUGUGGUGGGCAAAUCCCACUGGCACAACAGGGUGGUUUUUGAAUCCAACGUUGUAGACUUUUAUUUUUUUAAAGAUGAGCUUUAAAGUAAUUCCUGUAAUUAUUUUUUAAAAUAUUUAUUUAAUUAAUUUAUUUGGUUGCACGAGGUCUUAGUUGUGGCUCGCGGGCUCCUUAGUUGUGGCAUGAGAACUCUUAGUUGCGGCAUGCAUAUAGGAUCUAAUUCCCUGACCAGGGAUCAAACCCGGGCCCCCUGCAUUGGGAGCACAGAAUCUUAUCCACUGCACCACCAGGGAGGUCCCACCAACUUUUUAGACCUUUAAUUCAGACUUCCUGCCCUGCUGCAAUUUGAGUAAAAACCAUCUGGGCCUCAUUUUAGUGACUUCCUGUUACUCCCAAAGAGCAAGAGUUAUCUUUUUGUUUCAGCCCUUGGUCCAUGUGAGUCUAGUUGCCAAUUCAAAACAGUGGAGUAUCUUCCGUUUUACUUAACUGAGUACAGACUUCCAUCCCUGCUGCAGGUAGAAGGCAGUGUAACAAGGGUUUGAAGUUCAAAGUCUUAAACAGGGGUUCAUGUUCUGGCUUUGCCACUUUGUGUAGCCUUGAGCAAAGGAAUCCACUUUCUUGAACCUCAGUUUCUUUAUCUGUAAAGUGUAAAAUAAUAGUUUUGACUUCAUUUGGUUACUGUGGGAAUUAAAUGAGACAAUCUAUAGCUUAGCAUGGGGCGUGGCACAUGACAAAUGCUAAAAACAUGUUAGCUGUCAGUAGCAGCAGUAAUUACUGUUGGACAUUCGUGUCAAGUAUUGUUCAGCAGAAACGCUGCUUCUCUGUUGUAUACGGAAGUGAUAUCCUUUUUACCGAACAUCCAUAUACUGUACUCAAAGCCGAUUUCCGGGUUUUUCCUCCGUGUGUCAUUGGCCAGCAGAAUUAACAGAUGUCUCUCUCUCUCUCUCUCUUUCUCUCUCAAAAGUAGGGAAAUAAAUGCUACAGGAGACUGGAUCUUUAAAGCUUGUGUUUCUUUUUGUAACUAUGAGGAUUACAAUGCUCUGGUCUCUCUUCUGGUUAUAAUUUUAUUGUUUCUGACCUGAAAAAUCGGGAGUAUGUUAAUCCUGCUUGAUAUUUUCUUUUGGACAUCUUGGUGCAGCAAUUGAAAUCUGUUUCACUUCACAGUUUGGGGGCCAUAGUCCCCGGCCCUGGUUCCUCUUGGCCCUUCCCUUCCUGGUUGGUACCAGCCUCUGGCUUGCUUUUCCCCUCUUUCUCCUCCUCCUUCCUUCACGUUACCUUCUCCCAGGGCCUCUUUUCUUUCCCCCUCCCUUUUCCAUUUACUCUUACAUUCCCUCCCUCCUUCCUGCCCUCCCUAAUUCCUCCCCUCCCCUGGUUUCUAGCUCCUUUUUGCUUUCUGUUUGUGUUUCUGAAGGCAGUGCUCCAAUUACCUCAUAUUUGGAGAGAGGAAGCUGUAGCCAAUCCGGUUUCUGUCUGCUUUUAGGUCAAGUGAUUUCUGAACUGCAGUGAGAUGCUUUGAAUUUGUCUUGUUGCAGCUCUGAGCCUGUAAGAUGGCUGUCUGAAUCGGCAGCGGCUGGAAGAGACAGAGAGAGGCGGGGAGGGAGGAAGAAUUGGAGGGAUCGCCGGCAUAGUGCAUGUUUUUAAAUGUGCAUCUAAUCCGAUGAAGCCAAGGUUGGGAUUUCUCUGGGAUCCCAGGAUUGGCUUAGCUGCGUUUUUGCUGAGAUUAGGAGAGGAAAGCAAUGGGAAAUUCGCUGGGCUGCGUUAAGGAGCCGAAAGAUUCAAUAGCUGUUCCUGAGAAGACUCCCAUAUCUCCUAAGAAAAGGGUUCGGUUCAAAAGGAAGUGGAGGGGGAAGAAAACCCCUACUCCAGAGGUCCCUCGGGAGGAAGAACCCUUGCAAGGAACUGGAGUCAUCGAAGAGACGGAAACCCUGACGAAGUUAACAGUGAGUCUCCAACAGGAGGAAGGAGUGGGAGGGGUAGAGCCACCCCCCACAGACAUUUUACUGCCUGGGGACUCGGCCUCCGACUCAGGGGUGGGAGAUCAGGGGAUGAUCGUGCAGGUGAAAGAGAGAUUCCAGGGGGAGAUCCAGACUGCUCAGCUUUUGUUAGAGAAUGAGUCAUCAGUUGCCAGAGGGGUCUGGGAUUCCCUGGAAGAGGGGAUGACUGUCAUCGCUCACCUGCUCGAUAACCCCGCAGAAAGGAGCUGUGAGAAGUCAGUGAGCCAACUGGUGGAAUUUCCGAGGACAGCAUCCUGCAGCAGCAGGGCUGUGCUGCUGCCUUUGCAUGGAGGGACUGCAGUGGAGAAAGGAGAUACUCAGCUUGGAUUUGGGAGCAGCACUUCCUCCAGGACAGACUGCCCCACCGACACAAGAAAUCAAGACCAUCUUUCCGACGGAUGGAGUGUAGGGGGAGGAACCAAGGGUAUUUUAAGUGCCCCUCAGACAGGUGCCUGGAUUGUGGAACGUUCUCCUUCGUCACUACCGGCCCAGUCGAGAGGCCAGAGCUGCACAGAGCCUGCCCACGUGGGUCGAGUGCCCCCCCAGGUUCCCAGACUGCCUGCUUCUCAGAGUGAUUUAUCCAUCAGUGGCCUGACUGAGAGCAUCUUGCCCUCCUCCUCUGGCUAUGGCAGCGAUGGGCUGCACUUACGAGGGGUCCAGCCUAAAGAUACAGAGCCUGAAAAGAGCUCCACGUCCUUCUCAGAAGAGGACGGCACCCUUUCUUUGGAGGCAAGCCCCACCCCCUUAGGGGGUCUGGAGGAGGUAGGUGGGCAUGUUCAAGGGGUAGUUACACAGCGGUUUGUAUUACUGGCCUCAAACUUAUGAAAGUGGAAUGUGGCGAGCAGUGAGGAGCUUGGUGCUGCUCCUCAAACUUUACCUGUUAGUCAAGUACUAGUAGUUAGCGACUGCUGCGCUUGGCAAGCAAAAUCUAUUUCAGGUCUGCCCCUUGAUGCUUGAACCUAUCUUGUUGUCUCUGGGGGAUCCCUGACUCUGGGUAACCAUGCUAUAUAAUUGCUCGAGCUAUCUGGUGGGGUUCUCUCUCCAGGUGCAGUGCUAGGUAAUACUUAACUCUCAGGAGGUCUGUUUAUCAGUGUCCCUGCUGUAGGAGGUUGUGGUAUGGCACGGAGGUGAUGGGGAGGCCUAGCUGAUUCCAAGAUGAGUAUGGAAGGGAUGAGGGGUGAGGCACUGACUUCGGUGUGGUUGUUCUUCUCCUGUGGAGAAUGAUGUUCUUAUUGGAGCUGAUGUAAUUCCCCCCCUUGGGGACACUGCUAAUGGCAACACCCAUUCAGUAUGUGUUUAGGUGGAGAGGCUAGUCCUCCUUUGGUUCCUAAUUCCAGCAUUAGAGGAGAGGGGCAUGGAUUUAUCUGGAGAUUAGUCCAGAGCUGGGGGGAGGGGGUAGAGAGGGAGUUAGGGCAGUUUGAAAGUUCAAGGCUAGAAACAGUUUGUUUUCUGAUUGGACUUGUUUAUGGCUCUAACAUGUUUUUGUUUGUGAGAUAUAUAUUCAGACAUAAGUGGAGGUGGUGGUAGUUUUAGGUGGUGGGUGCUGUGAGGGGUCAAGGAGCAAGUGAGAAUUCAAGAGCUCUGAGCACUGAGAGGGAAGGAGACUCAGCAAGACCUUGGGUGGCACAGGUUCUGGUCUGUCACAUAGGGGUGUGAUUGUGUAGGUGACUAAAGUUGUAAUUCAUCAGUGACUGAAGAACUUUUAUUGGCAUGUCAGUCUCUGCAGCAGAAGAAAUAAAGACUUAGGCUCCCACAGCGGCAAGAGGUGGAACAUGGAGCAUGGCAUUUUCCUUGCUAGGCUGUGGGCAGCUGCCCUGAUGUCUGCAGAGCAGACACUGUGGCCCACCUACAGGUGCCCUGCUAAUCAUCAACAGUAUGAGGCUGAGGAGAGACGUAAAUUUUAAGCUGAUAUGUGCUUAAAAUGACCUUUUGGGUGAUGAAUUUCCCCCAUGGAUAGGCCCAUUUCAGUGCCCUUUGUUAUUAUAGAGUUUGGAGACUCCAAACAGUUGGAGGAAAAGAUGGCCAUUGAAAAAUAUUUGUUAUGCGGUUGGGCAGGAGGCAUCCUUGGGCUUUUCCAUAUAAAAAUGUGUGUGUGUGUGUAUGCGUGUGUGUGUGUGUGUGUGUGUGUGUUAAAGCGGGAAGGGAGGCAGUGAGGCUGCUGGGGGGUGGGGUGUAUUUGAGGUUCAUCGGAUAAGAGGGAAUGUCAAAGUCAGCCUUUAUCUUUGUACAGAACAGAUGGAGAGUAAUUGUGGCAGAACCAACUGCUGAACUGACUGCUCCUUUGAUAUUCCUGGGGUUAAAGUUGAAGCUGUGGAGGCAUCAGGAUGAUUUAGGAUACGUGCUCAUAAUUCGGUGUGAGACUUUCAGAAAGUUUGGAGUAUAAAAUGUGAAGGGACUCCUAGUGGAAAUCAGUUCUAGAUAAUGGCCCGUAAGUGACUGUGGUGCUUUUGGUGUGGGAUCUCCACCCGGAGCGGGAAGGUUCUGGACAACUCUGUGAGGAGUCUCCAAGAAAAGAUCGGUGGGAGUAGACUAUGAUCUGUAGUUUAACAGAGUCAACAGCAGUGUGAUUCUUGGGCUGUUCAGUAUGAGAAUCAUACUGGUGUGUGGCGUUUUCUGGGCAGCCAGGCUCUACAUCCCGUCCCAGCUACCCCUUGAGAGGAGACACAACCAGACUACUCAGUGAUGGCCCAGGGAGAAAAACUAGGUGGCCCAGAGUCAGCUCAGAAGGCUGACACGUCUCUGAGGCUCUGUGUCCAUCAGGGGAUGCAGGGACCGCAGACUGACCAUUCUGUAUGACAGAUAAGAAGUGACUUCUCAAGAUAAAUGUGAAAUCCCUUCAGGAUGAAAGUCCUUAAGGUCACAGGGGCCUCAAACCCUCUUUGGUCUCUGAAGGUAUUGUCUUCAGGGAGCUGCCCUCUCCCUGGCAGGCUGUUCACACGGCCUGGGGACAGCUGGGGACAGCGGCAGCUCGAGAGACAGGGCAGUGUGUUUUGACACUGCAGACCUCCUGUGAAAUGUGGAUUGAACCACAAGGCGAGAGCAUCUGACUGGAGUGAGAGCCCUGGGAGGACACGGGGGUCAGAAGAGCCCGCCGCUGCUGGUCACACACCAGCUCCUUCGCGGAGAGGGGCAGCAGGCGCUUCAACAGGGUUGAGUUUUUGUUUGUUUGUUGGUGCUCGUUUUGUUUUGUCUUUAACAUGUCAGGGUAGUAACCCUCCGUAGAAACAGUUUGAGCUUCAGAGUGGUGUCUGUCCUUGGCAUAACUCAGGCCGCCUUGUCCCUCCCGUUGAUCACUCCAGGGCAUGGUGAUGGGAGUGGGGCCAGGCUCCGGCUGCACAGAAACUUGGCAGUGGGUUUGUUUCUUUUCAGGAUGGAGAGAAAUGGGAACUGAUUCUGAUGCUUGCUGAGUGCCGGGUGUAGGUAAUAGAAGACAAAUGGUCUGCUUUUCUGUUCACCUGGUAGAGCCGAUUCUUCUCUUGACAGGAAACAGUUAACAAGAGAAACAGGAUGACAGGGGCCAGGGGACAAAAAUGGUUUUCAGAAUAAGUAGACUCAGAUUUGGAGCCAGAUGGGAGCGAGUUAACAGCAGUUGUACUUUGAUGUCAGACAAAGGCCUUCGCUGGUCCAUGCCAUCUCUCAGGAGGACUCCCUACUCCCAGCUGCCAUCAAUAGCCGUAAUACCUGGCUUAAUGGAACAAGGAAAAUUGUUGAAAAACCCAUUCUUUUCUCUGUCUUGGCUCCACUGCCAAUUGUUAGUGGAUUGUGUUGAUGGAGAACUGGCUGUAUACCAUUGCCCUUGCCACAAAUCCUUAGAUUUCAGGUGAAUAGUCAGAUAACUCUGGGGCUAGGAAUGAUGAGAAAGAAAUCAGUUGGUAUAUUAUUUUCUGGGCUGAGCCUUUUCAGUUAUAAGUAUCCCUUUCCCAUUUCUCCUCUUUCAUUAUAGGGAAAGUAGUUUUACUAAUAUUGGCUUUGUAUUACAAGAAGAAAGCAAAAUUAACCAGAUGAUACUAUUGGAGGAAUGUAGCAGUUAAAGUUACAGUUAGAGCUUCAUUUAAGAAAGGAAUUUUCUUUAAAAAAAUUUUUUUUUAAAGAAUGUAUUUAUUUAUUUUUGGCUGCGUUGGGUCUUUGUUGCUGCCCGCGGGCUUUCUCUAGUUGCAGCAAGUGGGGGCUACUCUGCGUUGCGGUGCGCGGGCUUCUCAUUGCGGUGGCUUCUCCUGUUGCAGAGCGCGGGCUCUAGGUGCACGGGCUUCAGUAGUUGUGCCGCAUGGGCUCAGUAGUUGUGGCUUGUGGGCUCUAGAGCGCAGGCUGAGUAGUUUUGACGCACGGGCUUAGUUGCUCCGCGGCAUGUGGGAUCUUACCGGACCAGGGUUCAAACCCGUGUCCCCUGCAUUGGCAGGCGGAUUCUUAACCACUGCGCC